GUUAUCCCGCGGUGACGUAGGCACAUCCGUGUUGGUCGCGAGCGAUGGCGGAGGUCGAGGAGCUGAACAAACCCCUGUUUGCAGGCUUGUCCGACGUGUCCAUAGCAGAGGACAUUCCAGUGGAGGGAGACAUCACUGUGCCCCUAAGCUCACACGGCGUGGACGAUGAGGUCUCUACUCUGGACGAACCAGUGAAGGACACCAUUCUGAGGGAUUUGCGAGCAGUGGGGCAAAAGUUUGUCCAUGUGAUGUAUCCCAAGGAGAGCUCCGCUUUGCUCAGAGACUGGGACCUAUGGGGACCUCUUCUGCUGUGUGUUAGCCUGGCACUGAUGCUGCAGGGUAGCGCCGCUGAUAAUCAGAAUGACAGUGGGCCCCAGUUUGCUGAGGUCUUCGUCAUCAUCUGGUUUGGGUCCAUCAUCAUCACUCUCAACUCCAAGCUGCUGGGCGGAACCAUCUCUUUCUUCCAGAGUCUGUGUGUGCUGGGGUACUGUAUUCUCCCGCUGACGGUGGCCAUGUUGGUGUGUAGACUCGUGCUGCUUGGCUCCGCCGGAUCAGUUAGCUUUAUCAUCCGGCUGGUCGUAGUCACUGCCUCCUUCUGCUGGUCCACGUUUGCUUCCACGGCCUUCCUUGCAGACAGUCAGCCGCCCAAUCGCAAGGCCUUGGUAGUCUACCCGGUGUUCCUCUUCUACUUUGUGAUUGGCUGGAUGAUUCUGACAUUUUCUCCCUCCCACUAACAUUGGCCAAUCACUUCAGUGGACAUGAACUGAAAGUCCUUUGGCCUCACCGUGGUGACCAGCAGGCCAGUUGAGAGCUGGUCUGUGAUUGGUUUGGACCAAGGGACGGGGCAGGCCAUCCUGGUCCUCUCUUAGCUCGUCAGGCAACCUCUCUUACAGCUCUCCUGGUUCCCCCGUUCUUUUGGUUGGCUGAACAGAUGAAAGGAAGGAGAAAAGACUCCGUCUUGUGAUGAAUGCAACUUUCCAUUUGUAUAAUGGCCCACUACUUUACAUCCUCAUGUUAAUCAGUAAAAAGUGUGGGUGUGAGUGACUGAGUGUGUAAAUGUAGGUCAGUAAUGUUUGAGAAUAAGCCCACACUUCUCAUUCUGUCAUGAUUUCAUUUAUAAACCCUCCUCACCUCACUCCACAGAACCAGCGAGUGCAUUGUGCACGUGUGAAAUGCCUCUAUGACGUAACGGCGUGACUACUGUGUGGUGUAGGGCUCUUCUCUCUAGGAGGGGCAUCACAUGGGCUAAAUGUGUGUGAACUUGUGUUAUAAACCAUGGCAUGUUGUGAACGGUGUCGGUGUGAGUGGGAGACGGAGGGUCCACUCAGUUGGGCGUUGGUGACCGCGGGCAGUGUGUAUUUCAAAGCUUCUGCCGCCAGCUAAAAUGACACGCACAUGCGUCACUCUGUCCUCACACAGCUCCUGCUCUCUUGUGUGUAUACAGCAUCCAGCCGAGACGCCUCAAAUAUGCGUUUAUUUAUCCUCGUGAUCUAAUAUGCGUUUUCCCUCGAUAAGCUGCUGUGGUUCCGUCAUAUUUCUUUGUUCUGCAGACGUUUGUGAACCUUGUAGUGAGUUUAGGGUGAAGGGUGGGUGAUACCAUCCUAGAUGGAUUUAGUUUUACACAAAAUAUAAGGAAAUCACUGGUUAUCAAAGAUUAAAAACAUAUUUCUUGUGCUUUUUUUUCACAGCGAGUCUGAGGUUUUCAGAAGGCAUCACCCAUAGUCUUGUUUCAGUUCAGUCGUUUGUCAGUAUGUUUAGUGUGGAGAAGUGGUACCAGGGAAAGUGGAGCCCCUCCGUUAGCAGACUACUGCUGCACACUGAAGAGGGAUUUAUGUGAGGACAAACAUGUAGAACUACGCUUGUACAUAUUUUAAAUGUAAUAACAGCCUUAUUUAUGACUAAUAUAGAAUAAUUGUAAAAUGCAUUGCCAUGUCAUUGCCAUGAUUGAUGGAAAUUAGUAUAAAAACAAUCAAAUGUAACGUAAAAAGAGCUAUAGGGUCCAAAUAUUUUGGAACUAAAAUAGCUGAAAUGGUAGUAUCCUAUAUGCAUCGGUUCCUGUCUGACUUCCUCUGAUCAGCCAUAACAAUAAAACCUACCUUACACUGUCCCAUUUUCAAUGUUUACCAAAAGAAAAAUGUUGCGAUUGAUUAUUAUUUCAACCUCAGAUUUCAUGGCUUUGGAUCAUUUCCUGUGAAGAACAUAUAACACAUUUUUAAUGACUUCACACUGUACACCCCCCUACACAAUUAUAUUACAAAGGUGGUUUUCAGGUCCUCUGGACCCACAGGUAAUAAAUGUGACCUCCUACAUGA